AUGACUGAGCAAGGAAUUCCGCCUGCAAAGGUUAUCAUGAUGGGCGAAAGUUCAGUUGGUAAAACAUCAAUUGUUUAUAAAUUUUCGCGUGAUCAGUAUGAUGAGGCGGGAACUCCAACAAUUGGCGCAUGUUACAUCACGAAAAUUGUUGAGGUAGAUAACAAAAAGCUUGCAUUGCAUGUAUGGGAUACAGCAGGGCAAGAGCGUUUCAGAAGUAUUAUUCCCAUGUAUUUAAGAGGAAGCUUAGCUGUGAUAUUUGUUUGCUCUGCAGAUUCUCCAGAAAGUAUUGACAAGCUUAAUGAAUGGAGAGAGGUUGUAAUAACAAAUCAACCAGAAACAAAAGUUAAUUUUGUUGUUUUUAAUAAAUUCGAUAUUAACUCUCCAGAUUUAGAGCAGAAAGCAGUCGAAUUUGCACAGUCACACGGCUACUCAUUUAUUAAGACAUCAGCAAAAGAAAACAUUAACAUUAUAAAUUUAUUCGAAGCUGUUGCGAAGAAAAUCUUAGAAAAUACGGACAUUUCGAAACUUGAAUCAUCUCCAGCAUUACCUAUUAAAGUCGCCCAACCUAAGAAGAAAGAAUCUUCUUGUAAUUGUUAA